AUGCAGGAAAUCCAAGGACCCGUCGGCCAGGGCGGCCCCAGUGCUCCUGGGAACCGCUUCGGCCACGCCUCCAAGCCUUCCAACAGCGAUACCGGUUUCUCUCACGGAGCUUUCACUUCCAACAUCUCUGGCUUCGCUGACAGGCACCCUCGCCGCGGAAACAUUCCCACUAUCAAUACCCAACCCCUGAAUCACCACCAGCAGGCGCCUCCCUCUGCUGCUGAUAUGGCCACUCCUGGCACCGGCUUCGAUAUGCAGUUUACUCCUCUGCUCCCCUCUCAGCUGCUACUCGGAAGCCCUUUCCAGCCCGGAACUCCUGCCGCUUUUGCUAGCCCUCAGUUCCAGAAUCUCCAGAGCUUCCAGCAGGCCCAGCAGCAGAGCCAGCAGCAGCACCACCACCAGAACGGCCUUCAGAGCCCCAUUCAGCAGAGCAUGUCUCCCCAGCAGUACCAGGCCUUGGUUUCUCCCUCGACCUACGGUGCUCCCCAGUUCUUCCAGCCUCAGUCACCGACCGGCGGCAGCUUCAAUGGCAUGCAAAUUCCCAUGCAACCUAGCUCCCCCGUUUCCAUGGGUCCGGGUAUCGUUACUGGCACCAGCCGCACUGUCUACCUUGGUAACAUCCCCCCGGACACAUCAGCCGAGGAGAUCUUGGGCCACGUCCGCAGCGGCCAAAUCGAGUCCGUUCGUCUUCUUCCCGACAAGAACUGUGCUUUCAUCUCUUUCCUGGACGCCAGCUCCGCCACCCAUUUCCACUCUGAUGCCAUCUUGAAAAAGCUCUGCAUCAAGGGUCAGGAUAUCAAGGUGGGUUGGGGCAAGCCUUCCCAGGUUCCUACCUCGGUGGCUUUGGCCGUUCAGCAGGCUGGUGCUUCACGCAAUGUGUACCUGGGCAACCUGCCGGAGGACAUUACUGAGGAGGAGCUCCGCGAGGACCUGGGAAAAUUCGGUGCCAUUGACACUGUCAAGCUCGUCCGCGAGAAGAGCAUUGCUUUCAUUCACUUCCUGUCUAUCGCCAAUGCGAUCAAGGCCGUUAACCAGCUUCCUCAAGAGCCGAAGUGGCAGGCCCCUCGCCGCGUUUACUACGGCAAGGACCGAUGUGCUUACGUUUCGAAGACGCAGCAGCAGAACGCUGCUCAGUACCUUGGAAUCGCGCCUGGCUAUGCGCACAUGCUCACUGGUGCAGACCGCGACGUCAUCUCCAACGCCCUGGCCCAGCAAUCCGUUGCCGCGGCCGCUGUCGCGACCACUGCUGGUGGCAUCAACAACCUUGGAAACCGUACCAUUUAUUUGGGCAAUAUUCACCCCGAGACGACGAUCGAAGAGAUCUGUAAUGUUGUCCGCGGUGGCCUUCUUCACCACAUCCGUUACAUCCCUGACAAGCACAUCUGCUUCGUCACUUUCAUCGACCCGACGGCUGCCGCCUCCUUCUACGCUCUCAGCAACCUGCAAGGUUUGAUGAUCCACAACCGCAGACUGAAGAUUGGCUGGGGCAAGCACUCCGGUGCUCUCCCACCCGCCAUUGCCCUCGCUGUUAGCGGAGGUGCCUCUCGCAAUGUCUACAUUGGCAACUUGGACGAGACGUGGACCGAGGAGCGACUGAAACAGGACUUCUCCGAGUACGGCGAAAUCGAGCUGGUCAACACCUUGAGGGAAAAGAGCUGCGCGUUUGUCAACUUCACCAACAUUGCCAACGCCAUCAAGGCUAUCGAGGCUGUGCGAAGCAAGGACGAGUACAAGAAGUUCAAGGUCAACUUCGGCAAGGACCGUUGCGGAAACGCGCCCCGUCAGCUCCAGCAGCAGGCGCAAUCUCCUCGCACUGAUGGUGUUUCGUCGCCUCCACCCAACGGUUCCCAGAAUUCGGGCUCCCCAACCAACGGCAACACGCCCCAGCAGUCGGCAACCAUGUUUAACUCGAACAACCACCCCCUGACGAUGUACCUGAACCAUCAAGCUCAGCAGCAGCAGCAGCAACAGCACCAGCAGCUUGCUGCUUUGUUUGGCACCGCACAGUCGUCCCCUAGCGAGAUGUCUAUCGACAUGCAGUCGCAGGGCCCCAUCACGGGCCACCAGCAAUCCGCGAGCAUCUCGAACGGCUACCCUCAAAGCGCAUCUGGUUCUGGUCCCACCACCAUCGGCGGUCUUCUGGCUCCCAAUAACAACCGCGGACAGCACAACCGCGCAGUAAGUCUGCCUGCGCUAAACCCCGGGUUCGACAAUGGCGGCGCGCCCUCGGGCCACGAAGGAGAGCGUCGCGGCCACCAGUACCAAGCGAGCUUUGGCGGCAUGGGUGCUGGCUAUGGCCUGGCCAUCCAGGGCGGCUUAAACCAGUGGGUUGAGGAGGAGGUUGCCAACUAG